AUGUGGAAAUUCGGCGUCGUUUCACUCUCCAAACUCGCUAGAUCGCGGCGUUUCUCCACCGCGAUUCCCGGUCCUUGCAUUGUUCACAAACGUGGUGCCGACAUUCUUCACGAUCCCUGGUUCAACAAGGAUACUGGGUUUCCUUUGACUGAAAGGGAUAGAUUGGGGCUUCGCGGGCUUCUUCCUCCUCGUGUUAUAUCGUUUGAGCAGCAAUAUGAUCGCUUUAUGAAUUCAUACCGAUCUUUGGAGAAGAAUACUCAGGGACAAUCAGAGAAAGUUGUUUCCCUGGCAAAAUGGAGAAUCUUAAAUAGACUGCAUGACAGGAAUGAAAUUUUGUACUACAGAGUUCUUAUUGACAAUAUUAAAGAGUUUGCUCCAAUAAUAUAUACUCCUACAGUCGGAUUAGUGUGCCAAAAUUAUUCAGGGCUAUUUAGACGGCCACGUGGAAUGUAUUUUAGCGCCAAAGACAAAGGGGAGAUGAUGUCAAUGAUCUACAACUGGCCAGCUCACGAGGUAGACAUGAUUGUCUUGACAGAUGGAAGUCGAAUUCUUGGAUUAGGUGAUCUUGGAGUUCAAGGAAUUGGAAUACCCAUUGGAAAACUUGACGUGUAUGUUGCUGCUGCUGGUAUCAACCCCCAAAGAAUACUUCCAGUCAUGCUAGAUGUUGGCACCAACAACCAAAAGCUACUUGAAGACCGCCUUUAUUUAGGACUUCGGCAACCAAGACUGGAAGGUGAAGAGUAUCUGUCAAUUGUUGAUGAAUUCAUGGAAGCAGUUCAUGCUCGAUGGCCCAAGGCCAUUGUGCAGUUUGAAGAUUUCCAAAUGAAGUGGGCUUUUGAAACUCUAGAACGAUAUAAGAAAAGGUUUUGCAUGUUUAAUGAUGAUAUACAGGGCACUGCUGGUGUUGCACUUGCUGGUUUAUUGGGAACAGUAAGAUCUCAAGGUCGACCAUUGUCUGAUUUUGUGAACCAAAAGAUAGUUGUGGUUGGAGCUGGGAGUGCAGGGCUAGGGGUUCUGAAAAUGGCCAUCGAGGCAGUUGCAAGGAUUUCUGGGUGCAGUGAAAUAGCUGCCAAAAGUCAAUUCUUUCUGAUUGAUAAAAAUGGUCUAGUCACAACAGAAAGGAAAAAUCUAGAUCCAGCCGCAGCCGCAUUUGCUAAAAAUCCAAGCGACAUAGAUGGGCUUACCGAGGGUGCUAGUAUAAUUGAAGUGGUUAAGACGGUUAAGCCACAUGUGCUCCUAGGUUUGUCCGGUGUUGGUGGUAUUUUCAAUACGGAGGUACUUAAGGCAAUGAAAGAAUCCGUUUCAACAAAACCUGCUAUCUUUGCCAUGUCUAAUCCCACCUUGAAUGCUGAGUGCACUGCUGUUGAUGCUUUUAAUCAUGUCGGGGAACAUAUAGUGUUUGCAAGUGGAAGCCCUUUCGAAAAUGUAGAUUUUGGUGAUGGGAAAGUAGGGCAUGUAAAUCAAGCAAACAAUAUGUACCUUUUCCCAGGAAUUGGUUUGGGAACACUUCUGUCAGGUGCUCAUCUUAUUACAGACGGAAUGUUGCAGGCAGCUGCUGAAUGCCUUGCUUCAUACAUGGCUGAGGAAGAUGUCUUAAAAGGAAUUCUAUAUCCAUCCGUUAAUAGCAUACGAGAUGUAACGGCAGAGGUUGGAGCUGCUGUACUUCGAGCAGCCGUUCAAGAAGAUCUGGCAGAAGGACAUGGUGAAGUAGGAGCUAGAGAACUCACACACAUGUCAAAAGAGGAGACCGUGGAAUACGUCCGACACAAUAUGUGGUACCCUGUGUAUGCUCCACUUGUUCAUGAAAGAUAG